AUGCGUUGGAGCCCUGAAAGGACCUUUUUGAGCGAGAUCGAACCACAAUCCGGAUCAGCCGAUUUCAGCGGGGUGCCGGAUGAGGAGGUGUUUGUCGCCUUUCGUUCGGGUGAUCAUGCCGCCUAUAGGGAGCUGAUCGAGCGGUUCCAUGAUGAUCUGCUGCGGUUUUUGACUCGUCUGGUUGGGGAUCGGUCCGCUGCGGAGGACCUGUUCCAGGAGACGUUCCUCCAGAUCCACUUAUCGGCGGAUACCUUCGAUGCGAGCAGGCGAUUUCGUCCAUGGCUUUUUACAAUUGCCGCGAACAAGGGGCGGGACUUGUUGCGUAAGAGGAAGCGGAGACGCACGGUCGAACUCUCAGCGCCGCUGAGGGGUUCGGAGCGUGGGACUUCGAUGGUUGAUUUGCUGGAGAUUGAUGUCCCGGCACCUGACGAAAGGAUGGAUGUGGAUGAACAGGAUCGGCUCGUGCAGCUUGCGCUUGAUGAUCUUGGGGCGCCGCUCCGUGAGGUCUUGGUGCUUGGGUAUUUCCAGCGGAUGAGUUACGCACGCAUUGCGGAGGAUCUUGGGAUCCCGCUCGGGACGGUGAAGUCUCGGAUGCACGCCGCGGUCGCGGCCUUUGCGAGGAGUUGGCAGCGGGUGUCUCGAUCUGCUGCCGGGAAUGAGUAG